UUAAACUUCCGCUCUAUGUGGACGAAAUGAAAACUUGAUAUUUAAUUGAUUUUUUUACCAUAACAAAUGUCCGGGUGAAGGCAUUUUCUCCUUAAUUACAUAAGGACGACUGAAACAUGACAGAAGAAGACAAAAACACGCUCCCCGGUGGUGAACAAGAAGAAUUUGAGAGGCACUCACCUCAACCUGCAGGUAUUUCUGUAUUAAAAUAUGUUACAUCUGAGUUGACGAGAGGCUAUCUACUGGAACGUGAUGAGUCCAAGUAUACAGAACGUAGAGAAAGAGUCUACACAUUCAUGAAAACUCCAAGAGAACUGGAAAAGUUUUGCAUGUAUGGGUUCUUCCAAUGCCUGGACGCAUUCCUCUUCAUCUUCACAUUCCUGCCUCUGAGAAUCCUCAUGGCCUUGCUACGUCUCUUCACACACCCUUGUGGUAUCUUCACAGCAGGAUCAAAGCGCUACCUGGAGUCAGCACAUAUCUGUGAUCUCUUGAAGGGCAUCAUUCUCCUUGUGUGCAUCUUCGUCAUCAACUACAUCGACACAUCCAUGAUGUAUCACCUUGUGCGAGGGCAGUCCGUUAUCAAACUCUAUGUGUUCUACAAUAUGUUGGAUGUCUGUGACCGACUGUUCUCGGGAUUUGGUCAGGAUAUUCUUGAUGCUUUGUUUUGGACAGCCACAGAGCCCCGGGGAAAGAAGCGAGAACAUGUGGGAGUGGUGCCUCAUCUCCUCCUCGCUAUUGUCUAUGUCUUGAUGCACACCAUGUUGAUCCUGUCCCAGGCCACGGUCCUCAAUGUUGCCUUCAACUCCCACAACAAGGCGCUGCUCACCAUCAUGAUGUCAAACAAUUUUGUGGAGAUCAAGGGCAGCCUAUUCAAGCGUGUGGACAAGAACAACCUGUUCCAGAUCUCCUGCAGCGAUGUGAAGGAGAGGUUCCAUUACUGUAUACUGCUGGGGAUCGUCUUCAUCAGAAACAUGGCUGAAUUUGCCUGGAAUCCUGAUCACCUGGUGGUAAUUCUGCCAGACGUUGUCCUUGUCCUCCUGGCUGAGUUUGUUGUGGACUGGGUCAAGCACGCAUUCAUCACCAAGUUCAAUGAGAUCUCCUCUGAUGCUUACAAAGAGUUUACAAUCAAUUUGGUGCAGGAUAUGGUGACCAGCAGACAGAAACAUGCUUUCACAGACCAUUCGGACCAAGUCUCACGUCGUAUGGGUUUCACACCCCUCCCACUGGCCUGCCUCCUGUACAAGAUCUGCUCAAAGUCUCUGAGGAUGACUGGAGCAUUUGGCAUACUGACGCUCGUCAUCUUCUACUUCUGUUUGUUGACAUUAAAAGUCUUCACAAGCAUAGUGCUGCUGGGACAUGGAUCAAGGUUGUUAUCUCAGCAGAAAACAAAAUUAAAGAAACCAGGAAAGUCACAAGAAGUAGAUUCUCAGAAAAUCCCUAAUAAGGAGAGACAGUACAAUAAGGGUUCGAGAGUAGCCCCACGCCAGACAGUUCACCUUCACCAGAACCUGACAUAGUUACCUCCCCUGCUGCCACCACUGUGGCUAAUGAUAUGUUUUCAUCCUCAGAAUCUGUAGACUGUGUCAAGCCAUCUGAUUUGCCAGAACCAAAUGAUGGCUUAUAUACUGAUUGUAACAAUGAAUCUGAUUGGACAUUAUCGUCUCCUAAUAAUCAUGUGACAUUGAGACAGUGUAGUAGUGACAGUUCAUUGUUUGUUAAAAAUAGAGAUUUGGGAAGUUCGGAUGAAAAAGAGGAAGAAAUUGUUAUUGAUGAAGAAAAAGAUGAUGAUAAUGUAGAAGUGUUAGCAGAGGCUGAGGAAGAGAUCCAAAGUGAUAAUCACGAGGCUGUGUUUGAUGAUAAAACAUCUCCCAAUGAACCAGAGUCUGAUGUUGCUGUUGAGAGGAACGGUGACGCUGAAUGUCAUGUGGACAAAGAUGACAUGUCGUCACCUGUAGAUUACAACGAGGAGGAAAAGAAGAAUCAAUAAUCAUGGUCAUCGGGGCACAGGCAUUAGCACUUGUUGUUUUAUAUGGAAAAUAUUGUUUGAACAUUUCAAAGGAUUUGUGAGCCUUGCUCCUAUGACUCUCAGUACAGCUGGUUUCUUAAAUAUUCUUGAAGUAUAUUCAGAACUGAUGCCAAAAGCAUAAAUUAGACUUAUACUGUUUGAUUUGUUUAUGUAUGUUUAACGGUACAUGUUUGUGAAAGCGCUGUUUGAGUUACAUGUCUGUUUGUAUUUGAUGUUACCAUAGUAAUAGAGAUUUUGAAUGUUACCAUAGUAAUCAGAAAAGUUCCACAUCAAACAUUUUCAAAAGACGAUGAUUAAGUAUUGAAAUAUCCUUGCCAUAUAAUUUGCCAGAAUGUUUUUGUUUUUUAAUAAGAGGCGAAAAAGAUGAAUAUUGUCUACAAUACACACAAUCAUCAUGAUAUAGGGUCCAGAGCUAUCUCAGGUGGGACCGACUUAUUUUCAACAUCUAUUUUUGACAUGACAGUCAUUACUAAAUAUUUAUACUCAUCAUCUUAUCAUUUGUGUCAUUACCAUUAAGAGCGGGUCACGUGGAUAUAAUGAUGGCGACUAUCAGCAUGAUCAGAUAUUCAUUACUCAUGAAUAUGAGGCCACGUCAAUUUUAUUUCUUGUUUUACUGGAUCCGCCUGUCAUAUUUUUUCAGGAAUAAGAAAAA